AUGCUGCAGCGCGCGUCCAAGGAGCCUUCGUCGACUACAGGGGACGCCGCCUACGCAAAGCUGCUUUCGUCCGUGCAGACUUCAGGAAGCACUGCAUCGCACGCGCAUUCGCACGCUGCGAUGCCAGUCGCAUCUCACACGCAGAAGAACAACAACCUCCUCACUCCACCCUACCGUGGCACGCCCCAUCCCCACGCCCCAAGCCAGAGUGCAACCAAAAUGCUCCACGCUGUUGCCCAUAACUCUGCCAGCUCCCCGUCCUCGCCAUUAUGUUCAUCUUCACGCUGUCCGUACCCGUGGCAUCGGGCGCCCCGCUUCCUGCCGCCCCGCCACCGGAAAACGCCCCUUGGCAUUGGCUAG